AUGUCGGACUACGAUCGCAUCACUCAACUCAACCAAGAGAACUCGCCCCUUCUUCAACUCCCAGCGGAGCUUCGAAACCGGAUCUACAAGUUCGUUCUGCACUAUCACCUCCCCGUAUACGUCGAUAUUCCCGCUCUGGAGGAUGAGCACGGAAACUCUGUCCCUAGAGAAAACACACGGAGAAUGCUAGCGCUCCUAUAUACAUGUCGCCAAGUCCACAGCGAGGCCUCGAUGAUGUAUUUCGCGCUUAACACAUUCCAAUUCGAGCUUGACACCUCGCUCAUCGAAUUUACUAGUAGUCUCACUGCGGAGCAACUCAGCGCGGUCAAGUCUAUCGAUAUGACGGGAGAGCUUGUGGAAGAGAUUGAGAUGCGCGCCGAGCAUCAUGCGAGCGACAGCCCGCGAUUGCACCUCGAUACGCUGACCUCGCUGCAAAAGGUAUCCAUCUACCCUUACGCGUUCCGCUCAACGCCGAUAAAUCUCGAUGUCAUUGGAGUUUAUCUAAGGGAGGCGACUGGUAGGAUGGGUCUGGAGGUCAUAGAGGUCGAGAGGAAGCAGAAGCUGACAUAG